GAGAUUACAGUUUUAGCCAUUUGCUUAAACACGAUUGACAGAUGCUAAAACCAAAGGAACCCAACUUGAAGUUGUUGUGGCUCUGCCUUAAACAAAGUGUAACCAUACCUUAGACAAAAGUGCUGCUUUGCACUUUGGUUGCAAUUCUGCAAAACACUAGCUCCUUUCUACAACACACUUGCUCCUGCUCACAACACACUAUUUCAUACAUAAGACACUUUGUUCAAAAAGUAAAUCUCGCAGUACCAUUGGGAAAACACAGCUAUUCAGAAUACAAAACACAGUCUGUCAUUGAAAACAAUUAGACACACACCUGAAAACAAUUACUAACAAAACUGAACACCAAUCAGUCAGCUACAAAAAGGCCUUAGCUAAGCCAUUUUGGAGAACUUGCCAGCAUGGAGGGGGGGAGAGCUAGAGGCAGAGCAAGAGGAGGACGUGGACGAAGAGGCCGUGCAAGGACCAUAAUUUCUGAUGACAUUAGGGCAACUGUGGUGGACCAUGUCAUAAACCAUGGUCUGACCAUGAGGGAAGCUGGACAGAGAGUCCACCCCAAUCUUAGCCGUUUCACGGUCGCAUCCAUCAUAAGGACAUUCAGACAGGAAAACAGGUAUGUCUUCAAUUCCUCUACUACAGUAAUGUAGCUUGAGUAUUUACAGUACUGUCUCAUCUUACAUGUAUAUGUAACGUACAUGUACUGUUACACCAGUACUGUACUGAAGGGUGGCUCCUUAUGUUGUGACACAUAUAAUCAUGUCUUGAGAUGUUUUACAGUACUGUAAUACAAGUACAGUAAAUACAGUAAAAUACAGUUUGUAUAGUAAUGAAAAAUAGAACAAAACGAUUCCAAAUACUGGUUGCAUUGUUUUCUACAGAAUGAUCAGAAGACCUACUGGCGGUGGACGUCAACGCCUAUUUACUGAACAACAAGAACUUGCAUUAGUGGACAUGGUCAGGGCAAAUAAUGCGAUCCGUCUCCACCAGCUACAGAGUCACAUAAUUGCAGAUAGACAGAGUUUUGGCAAUAUAAAUACAGUAUGCAUUACCACCAUUAGAUGCAUCUUGACAAAGCACCACAUUACAAUGAAACAACUGUACAGGGUUCCAUUUCAAAGGAACAAUGCCAGAGUGAAGGAACUUCGACGUGAAUACGUACAGAGAAUGCUCGCCAUGGAUGGAGCUGCUCAGCCUCAUGAGUGUAUUUACAUUGAUGAGGCUGGAUUCAAUCUGACAAAAAACAGACGACGGGGGCGUAAUCUUAUUGGCCAAAGGGCAAUUGUGCACGUCCCUGGGCAACGUGGAGGAAAUAUUACAUUGUGUGCUGCCAUUAGCCUUCAAGGGCUACUGCACCAUCAUGCCAAAUUGGGGCCCUACAAUUCACAGGAAAUACUCACAUUUCUUGAUGGUCUACAUGACAUCGUCAUACAGAAUAGACCAGAGCAGCCCAGGUUUGUUGUUGUGUGGGAUAAUGUUAGUUUCCACCGGGCUGCUCUGGUCCAAGACUGGUUUACUCAUCAUGAAGGAUUUGAAGUGGUGUACUUGCCCCCUUACUCCCCAUUUUUGAAUCCUAUAGAGGAGUUCUUUUCAGCAUGGAGAUGGCGCGUAUAUGACCGCCAACCGCACGCCCGAAUGCCACUUUUACAAGCAAUGGAACAGGCCUGCGGAGAUAUUGAAAUCAGGUCAAUUCAGGGAUGGAUUAGACACACAAGGGGAUUUUUUCCCCGAUGUUUAGCCGGAGAAGAUAUUGCUUGCGAUGUGGACGAGGUCCUGUGGCCCGACCCCGACAGAUGGCAGGAUCCAAACAUGUAACUUCUUUUGUGUGAAGUUCAGUUUGUUUUAUUUUUGCUUUACAGUAACUGAAUUUCCUGUCAUAUGAAUUUCACUACUGUAAUGUAAUUGCAGUAAUGUUGAUUUCAGUAUUUUAUUUUUGGAAUUAUGAGAAACAUCUGGAAUUGUAACUGAAUAAAUACAGUACGAGUGAAAGACUGCAGUGUUUUAUUUAAAGUAGACUAGUGUGUUGCCGCAGAUAUGAGAGUGUAUUGACAUGUGGAAGUGGGCAUCAUUUAGUCAUCAAAGUGAGGUUUUGACAAAGGAUUGUUCAGUUUUGAUGGCAGAGUUUGUAUCUGGCAUAGAUGUGAAUGGUUUAUUUCCCAGUGUUCUUCUGUACUUCCUUGUGUGUAGAGUUUUGGCACCAUGAGCCAAGUUUUGCAAAGUGUGUUCAAGCAAUUGACUAAAACUGUAACUCUGCCAGGACUGCCUUUGAUCAUUGGUUCUGUUCAUAACUUU